UAUAAAGUGAAGGAUAUCGGCCUCGCCGAUUUCGGACGGAAGGAAUUCGACAUUGCUGAGCAUGAGAUGCCUGGCCUGAUGGCGACUCGUGAAAAGUAUGGCCCUAAGAAGCCACUUGAUGGCGUGCGCGUGAUGGGUUCACUGCACAUGACGGUGCAGACGGCGGUUUUGAUCGAAACGUUGAAGGAGAUCGGAGCCGAUGUGCGCUGGUGUUCGUGUAAUAUUUUUUCGACUCAAGAUCAUGCGGCGGCUGCCAUUGCGGCGGGCGGGACUCCAGUCUUUGCCUGGAAGGGUGAGACUUUGGAGGAAUACUGGUGGUGCACAUGGCAGGCUUUGCAAUUUCCUGAUGGAAAAGGUCCGCAGUUGAUUGUGGAUGAUGGGGGUGAUGCCACUUUGCUCAUUCACAAAGGCUAUGAGCAAUGGGUUCCUGAAUUGAAGGGAGUAUCCGAGGAGACAACCACGGGCGUGCAUCGCCUUUAUCAGAUGCAGCGCGAUGGGAGUUUGCUUUUCCCUGCGAUCAACGUGAACGACUCGGUGACGAAGUCGAAAUUCGAUAAUCUCUACGGCUGCCGUGAAUCAUUGGUGGACGGUAUCAAGCGUGCGACUGAUGUGAUGAUCUCUGGUAAAGUUGCGGUGGUCUGUGGUUAUGGUGAUGUUGGAAAAGGUUGUGCCCAAGCUCUUCGCGGACAAGGUGCGCAAGUGGUGGUGACGGAAGUAGAUCCGAUCUGCGCUUUGCAAGCUGCGAUGGAAGGUUACCGCGUGUUAACCGUCGAAGACACACUUGGCUGGGGCGAUAUUUAUGUCACCACGACCGAACUUAACAUUAUUCGUGCUGAGCACAUGGAGCAGAUGAAGGAUCAAGCGAUCGUGUGUAACAUCGGUCACUUCGAUAAUGAAAUUCAAAUCGACAAGUUGGAGCAGCUUGAUGGCAUUGAGAAGCUGAACAUCAAACCUCAGGUGGAUCGCUAUACCUUUAAGAAUGGGAAGAGCAUUUACAUGUUGGCGGAGGGUCGUCUGGUCAACCUCGGUUGCGCGACUGGCCAUCCAAGUUUUGUGAUGAGCAAUAGCUUUACGAAUCAGACCUUGGCGCAAAUCGCUCUCUGGGAAACGAAAAAUGACCGUGAGAUUGGUGUGGAGGUGCUUCGAAAGAGCUUGAUGAAGAAGUGGCUCGCUUUACACCUCAAAAAGAUCGGCUGCAAGUUGACGAAGUUGACUCAGGAACAGGCUGAUUAUAUUGAUGUCCCCUGUGAUGGGCCAUACAAGCCUGAGCAUUAUCGCUACUAA